AUGAAGUUCAACCCCAUCUGGAGGCCUGGUGGAAUGCUUGUGGUCGACCGGACAAGGGGCCGGCGACGGGACAGCAGGACGGAGAGCUGGCGACAGGACUGCAGGACUGGGAGCCAGCAACGGGACUGGGAGCCAGCAACGGGACUUCAGGACUGGAAACAGGCGACGAGACUUCAGGGCUGGAAACAGGCGACGGGACUUCUAGACUGGAAACCGGCGACAGGACUGCUGGACUGGAAACCGGCGUCUGGGCCUCUGGACUGGAAACCAGAGGCUGCUGCGAUCCAGCUGGGACUGGAGGAGACUGCUGCGGCCGCGGAGCUGGGACUGAAGGAGGCUGCUGCAGCCGCGGAGCUGGGACUGAGCCCUGCUGACCUAUUCCAGGACCCAUUGGAGGGUUUCCGAUGUUACCUCUCCACCCAUCCACCACCAGCCAUGCCAACCAUAACUUCUGGCACUUCUUCAAUCACUCUGUCACCACAGGUUUACUCCCACAUUAUUGCACAACUCAUGCCCGUCUCGGGCUCGGCAGAGGACUGUGAUAAAUUUUUGUCACUGUGUUCCCUGAUCGUAGAAAUGAAUCCCCACCGACGAGCUAUCCAAGGUGGCCCUCUUAAUCUACCUGUUCGAAGGACUGGCGCUUCGCUGGGCAGGAGACAGAUGGUCACGACUUGGAGACAUUCCCCGAUCUUUUCACAGUCUAGUAACACUCCUCCGGAAGGAGUUUGGCACGCCAGUCAGUGACUCGUCAGCCAGUCUUCUGCCUGCAUCUCUACUGGCCAGUCUUCUGUCUACCAAUCCACAACUUGCUUGCACUGGAGUUCCGCCGGCCAGCUGCUCACCUGCGCCGCGGUCAUCUCCAGUUCUGGCACCGCGGUUGUCCCAAGUCCCGCCAUCACUCCCUGCUGGAUCGCAGCAACAGCCAUCACUCUCUGCUGGAUCGCAGCCGUCAUUGCAGCAGCCAGCACCCCCUGCCAGACUCUCCGCCGGACCGCAGCAGCUCCUCACUCCCGGACUCCCUGCUGGAUCGCAGUCACCUCCUUUCCCGGCUGGAUUGCAGCAGUUCCCUGGACUCCCUGCUGGAUCGCAGUCGCCUCCUUUCCCGGCUGGAUCACAGCAUGCCGCAGGACUGACUGCUGGGUCGCUACAAGCCGCUGAAUCAUCAACUGGGUCACAGCAGCAGCCGUGCCCUCCUUCUCGGCCAGAAUGGCAGGUUCCGGAUUCCUGGACCCACUGGUCCAGCCCGCUCCUCUGCCUCCGCUCCUGUCGCCAGCUCCUUGUCCUGCAGCCCCGUCGCCGGCUUUCUGUCCUGCUGUCCCGAUGCUGGCUCUCUUUCCUGCUGUCCCAAUGUCAGUCCCCUGUCCAGCUGUCCCGAUGUCAGUCCCCUGUCCAGCUGUCCUGAUGUCUGUUCCCGGUCCAGGAGUCCCGUCGCAUGUUCCUGCUGUCCCGACGCCGGUUCCCUGUACGUCUUAUGCUACUCAGCAUAAGAUGUUUCUCCAGAGCUUCUUCCCUCUCUCCAUACCUACACUAUCUGGUAGUAAUCAAAUAAAGAACAUUCUGGUUCCA